AUGUGCUCAGUCACGUGUCCCUCGCUGUCACUGCUCUUAGAGGUGCACCGAGGGUUGUGUCUAUGUGGAGCGCGGGGCCUGAGGAUGUACUCCCCCUCCAGGAAGGACUUCAUCUCGGUGACCCUGUCUGACGCCCACAGUCGUGCCUACAACAAUGGCAAACACCGGAGGCAGUCGUGCUGGAGGAAGUGGAAGCAGCUGUCGCGGCUGCAGCGGAGCCUCGUCCUGUGUCUGGUGGCUCUGCUCCUGGUCAUCGGGUUGCUGUUCUACCCCAGUCUCUCGCACUGGACAGACCCCUCAGACUCGGACUGGCUGGACCUGAGCCACAGAGCUCUGGACCCCCCUCCUCCCCCAGGGGUCAGACCUGUCCCGGGCCCCCAGGAGCCACAGCCGGAACCGGGUCCAGGGGCAGUCGCAGCUCCCCAGGGGCCGGAUGCUCCUGUCCUCUCACAGCUGCCACCGAAGAAACAGAGCCUUAAGGAAGGCCCCACGAGCCUCCAGAAAGAACACAACUCUUCAACCACAGCAGCAGCAGCAGACAGGAAGAGGAGGCAGGACGAGGAGGACGAGGAGGACGAGGAGGAACACCACAAGGACCAGAAGAUUGUCAGUUGGAGAGGGGCCAUGAUCGAAGCCGACCAGGGCACCGAACCCCUCCCAUCCGCCAAUCAGAGAGAAGGCCCGCUCCCACCAGACGCAUCCAUGGACACCGUUGGGCUGUCAGUUCUGUCGAGUGCACAGCGUCAGGAGGCUGUGCGCGAGGCCUUCAGACACGCGUGGAGGGGCUACAGAGCACACGCCUGGGGCCACGACGAGCUCAAGCCUGUGUCCCAGUCGCACGCGGAGUGGUUCGGCCUGGGCCUGACCCUCAUCGAUGCCCUGGACACCAUGUGGAUCCUGGGACUCACCGACGAGUUUGCGGAGGCCCGGGAGUGGGUGGAAAAGGAGCUGUCCUUUGAUAAGAACGUGGACGUGAACCUGUUUGAAACAACCAUCCGGAUCCUGGGAGGUCUUCUCAGCACGUACCACCUCACCAAGGACCCGCUCUUCCUCGACAAGGCUAGGGACCUGGGCUCGCGGCUCCUGCCUGCCUUCAGAACCCCGUCAAAGAUCCCGUUCUCGGACGUGAACCUGGGGAAGGGCACGGCCCACCCCCCGCGCUGGACCGCGGACAGCACCGUGGCCGAGGUCACCAGUGUCCAGCUGGAGUUCAGAGAGCUCAGCCGCCUCACCCAGGACCCGGUCUACCAGGACGUGGCGAACGAGGUGUCGAAGCUUGUCCACAAACUUCCAGGGAAACACGACGGCCUGGUGCCCAUGUUCAUCAACACCAACACCGGACAGUUCUCCCACAAAGGGGCCUUCACGCUGGGGGCCCGUGCUGACAGCUACUACGAGUACCUCCUCAAGCAGUGGGUCCAGGGAGGCAAGGUGGAGGACGACCUUUUGGAGGAUUACCUGCAGGCGGUGGACGGCGUGAGGAAGCAUCUGGUCCGUCAGACCGGACGCAGCCGGCUAACGUUUGUGGGAGAGCUCAGCCACAACCGCUUCAACCCAAAGAUGGACCACCUGGUUUGCUUCCUGCCUGGGACCCUGGCUCUGGGGGCCCACCACGGCCUCCCUGCGGCUCACAUGGAGCUGGCCCUGGAGCUCAUGGAGACCUGCCACCAGAUGUACACGCAGAUGGAGACCGGCCUGAGUCCAGAGAUCGUACACUUCAGCCUGCAGUCCAGCUCCGGCCCCGAUGUGCUGGUCAAGCCCGCCGACAGACACAACCUGCUGCGUCCGGAGACCGUGGAGAGCCUCUUCUAUCUGCACCGCUUCACACAGGAGCCCAAGUACCGGGAGUGGGGCUGGGACAUCCUCCAGAGUUUCAACAAAUACACACGGGUCCCCGGUGGAGGCUUCACGUCCAUCAACAACGUGCGGGACCCCCUGAACCCGGGUCCCAGGGACAAGAUGGAGAGCUUCUUCUUGGGCGAGACGCUCAAAUACCUGUUCCUGCUUUUCUCUGACGACGCCGAGCUGCUCAGCCUGGACUCGGUGGUCUUCAACACGGAGGCCCACCCCCUGCCCAUCUGGACCCCGCCUCCCAAGUGA